UUGCACGCCAGAGUCCGCAAGAUGGAGGCUACCGAUCUACUGCCGCUGCUUGAGCAGCUAGAUGAUAAUAUCGAUGAUCUUGAAGAGGCGUUGAAGCCGAUCUUGGAGAGCUCCGUGGUGGCGACGUCUAAGAAGCUUCCGGUGCUGGAUAAGGCGAAAUUUCACGUCCUGGUGACUUAUGCGUUGGAAUCGUUGAUUUUUUCUUAUUUGCGUCUACAUGGCGUUAAUGCGAAGGAACACUCUGUGUUUCGAGAAUUAACUAGAGUCAAGCAAUACUUUGCCAAGAUUACCGCGCUGGAAACUGAGCCGGAAAAGCGUACUCUAACUUUGGAUAAGCAGGCGGCUAGUCGCUUCAUCAAGCAUGGUCUUGCUGGAAAUGACAAGUUCGAUCUGGAGCGCAAGGAGCAGGAGGCUAAGGAGAGAGCGCGCGCGCAGCUCAAGGCAUCGCUACUGGCGAAGAAGGCGGAUUCUGCCCAGAAGUCCGACAACUCCGAUUCCGAGGCCGGUGAGGACGACGACGACGCGAAACCCGCCAAACCUGCUGGCAAUACUUCGGAACAGAAGAGGAGGAAUAAGCGCCGGGACAAGCAGAAGAAGAAGAUCAGCAAGGAGGAGCAUAGCGAGGGGAAGAAGGAACGCCGAAAGAAAAAGGAUGAAAUGCGCAAGGCGAAGAUGUUGAAAUGAGGACUGAGCAGUUGUCGUGGACCGGCUGGCCGGUGAAUGUGGCAUACAGUAGUGCUCGUGGAUCAUUAUGGAGUCAGUGGCUACUGUCUGUCGACAUUACUACACAACAGUUCAAGAUGCAUCGCGCAUACACCAUCACAGAAGGCCUGAACUAGGUCGAGGAACAACACAGACAGUGAUUACUCAACACACAGGCCGGUAGGUACCGGAGCCUUCCAUGGCCUACGAUGAAGAGUCAUUUGACCGCAAAUAGUGGCAUUGAACACUCCGUAUGACGGAGGGAGUUCGCUCAGCCCUGUCGAUCGAUGCCGUGAGUCAUUGCGCGGAGCUAAGAUCAUCACCACAUAGCAUUACCAUCACUGCUAGAAAUCCAUACAAUCCAAUACCAU